AUGUACCAUAAUAACUUUGUUGAGCAGCUCGCCACUCUCGAGAUCGGGGUCGAGUUCCGUCUUGAUCUACACAUGGAAGAUCUCAAGACUUUGUCUGAAAUUGGUGCCGGAAACGGCGGCACGGUCUCGAAAGUGAUCCACCUGCCGACAAAGACACUGAUGGCGAAGAAGAUGAUUCACAUCGAAGCCAAGCCUGCCGUGCGGAAACAGAUUGUUCGCGAGUUGCACAUCAUGCACGAAUGUCACAGCAAGUACAUUGUCUCAUUCUACGGUGCGUUUGUCAAUGGCGGUGAUGUGGUGAUGUGCAUGGAGUAUAUGGACUGUCUCUCCCUAGAUCGGAUCUUGAAGAAGAUGGGACCUUUCCAGGAGGAUAUUCUUGGUAAAAUCAUGGAGGCAGUCGUUGAGGGUCUCACAUAUCUCUAUAACCUCAACCGGAUCAUCCACCGCGAUGUCAAACCUUCCAACGUUCUUGUCAACUCCCAUGGACAAAUCAAGCUGUGUGAUUUCGGAGUCUCGGGUGAGCUGAUCAACUCGAUAGCAGACACCUUCGUCGGCACAUCAACGUACAUGUCACCCGAGCGGAUCCAAGGCGCAGCUUACUCUGUUCAAAGUGAUGUAUGGUCUCUAGGCCUAAUGCUCCUGCAGCUGGCAAUCGGCCACUUCCCGUUCGAACGACCGGAUCAGGCACCGCUCGGUAUUCUCGACCUGUUGCAGCAGAUUGUCAACGAGCCUGCCCCUACGCUACCACCUGGAGAUCAAUUCAGUCCCGAGUUGCGAAAUUGCAUAGACCGCUGUCUGAUAAAGGACGUCGAGGUGCGCCCUACACCGCAAGAUCUGCUUUCCGAUCCGUUUGUGGUGAAAGCAAAGGCGAUGAAUGUAGAUACAGAAAAAUGGGCAAAGAGUACUCUCUGA